UCAUGACGAGUAGCGCGCGAGGAUCACCUAUAAUAGCAAAAUACAAAUUGUCUAGACGCGGAAAGAAACUGCAGAUUUCCGAUGACCAAAGAACAUUGAUAGCAUUGCCAAGGGAUGUUCCUGAACGAACAUGGGCAGAGAUUCUGCAUAAGGAAGAGAUCGAUUUGAUGAUCUUCGACGUCCGGGAGGAGAUAUUAGAAGAUACUUUCAACAUCUGCUACCAGAAGUACAUGGCGAGGCAGAACUCUCUCUUCACUGUGCACUGCGCCGCUGAAGCUUGGCUUAAACUUCUGAACUGGUAUUUCUUCCGUCACGAUCCAGGAGAAGAUCCCAGCGCCUAUCCAUCUUGUUUCAUACCCAAGCGCGUGGAGUCCUGGGAACCCGACCAGCUGCCGGACCCCUCACCCAAGGACACCUGGUGUAAGCAGGAGCUCAAUAUCCUGGAGGCAUCCCCCGAGGAGGGAUUGAAGAGAUGGCCCAGCAGUUCUUCUAUUGAAAUGCCUUUGGUUGAAGACAUACCGGAAGAAUAUUGGUUCCCCGGUAAGGUAAACCUGCCAACAGAGUACUCCGAGACAUCGGUUAUCAGUUCAGUAUCAGUUUCAACAUCAUACGAGGAGUCUUUGUCGAGCAACGUGUGUGCAGAGAGCGAGGUGCUACAAAAUGUAACCGACUACAAUACCUCGGAAGCGAUUUCAGCUAAAGAGUCAACAUGCAGCGAAUUGAAGCACACCACACCGGUGCACGGCCCCCUGCGGGGCGCGGGCGACUCGGCCGGCGAGCGAGCCAAGACCAAGCGAAGGACUGAGAAGAGCAAGGUGUUCAGUAAAUCGAACAUGAUCGGAAGAUCCAAGGGAUUGCUGCCGCCACUUGCGGGAGACUCCAGAUCCAAGAUGAGUAUCAUCUCAGACUGCCGGCUCCGGAAUUUGAGAUUGGACACGCAGUACGAGAUAACUUCGGAGAAAAUCAAUACCCCGCCCGGGGAGCCAGUCAAACGGAAGUGACGAUACACUAGACGAGGCAUUUUCACUCAACGAGUCAUUUUCACACAAAACGUAAUUUUCAUCCAACGAGUAAUUUUCACCAAACGAGUCAUUAUCAGCCAACAAGUAAUUUUCACCCAACGUGUCAUUUUCACCUACCGAGUCUUUUUAAGACAACGAGUCAUUUUCAUCCAACGAGUCAUGUUCAACCAACGAAUCAUUUUCACCCAACGAGUAAUUUUUGACGGCCGAGUGGGCAGCGACCCUGCUUUCUGAGUCCAA